GCUCGAUUUAAAUGCUUCAGUGCUGAGAGAGCGCAGUCACACACAGAGAGAGAGAAAGACUACCAGAGCAACAGCGACUUAAUAUUAAACUGGAUUUACUCAUUUAAAAGAGUGAGCUGUGAGUAAUAAAAGCAGGUUAAGGAAAGGACUGUUUGAGGAGUGAGUGCUGAGGCUGCUGUGGAGGACUAUAGCUGGGUUUCAGAGACGAGGGAUCGUUUUCUCUCUGUUGUAAAUAGAGAAGCUGAUCAUGGGAUCUAGUGAGAGUAAGAUGACCGUGGCUUCCACACCAAAGCUUGAACCAGGGAAAGCAGUUCAUCACCGACGCCUGGCAGAGCUCGCUGACCCCAGGUCACCGUCCUGUGGCAUCUCCCGCACACCUAUACAGGUGGGGGGUGCAGCAGCAGCCCCUUCUGUCGGCGAAGUUCAGGAGUCAGUCGGGCCCGUGUGUUUUGACCCUCGGUCGCCCACGCCUGGUGUUGCUCGCACCCCACUGAAGGACAGUAUGAAAGUGACUGUCAGCUCGUUGGCUCGCAAGCUCAGCACGUUCUUCCUGAGCGACAUCGAGACGGCAGACUCUGACUCGGCUCUUCACCCUCACGUCUCCUUCACUAAACACCCCAGCCUGUCCACCGUGGAGCAGCAGGACGAGCUGAGCGCCACAGAACCCCUACUCCCUCCCCAAAGCAACCACUCAGCCCCUCCGUCCAGCCCCGUGGCCUGCAGCCCCUCAGUGGGGUACGGGUCCUUCUGCAACAGUCCGUUUGUGCUGGUCGGGGAGGCACAGGUGGAGGUGGACGCUGAUGAGGAGGUCACUCUGGAGGAGGCUGAGGAGGCUCUGCUGCUGGGAGAAUCUCCCCUCCGGAGGGAGCUCAGCCUGAGCCUGCUGGCCUGCAGAGAGGGUGUUUACUCCCCAGAGUUCUACUCCUCAGCCGAGGAGCGCCCUGCUACUCCUCUUCCUCCUUCAGAAGAGAAGGAGCACAGUGAUCACCCCUAUGCUCUUCCUCAGGUUUCUUCUGAGCCCAUCCUGCCCAGUCCAGAGGUCGUUCAGCCAAUAGAAGAAGAGAAACCCGCAACAGAAGCUCCUGCUCCUGUUUCUGAAAACGUGCCGAUACAAGCAGAGCAGCCCAAGCUGGCGGAUCCUGAACCAGUCAGAACCUCCAGCAAACCCAGUAGCACCCUGAAUGUUCAGAGGGAAAGCGGUAUCCUGAUCCCCCGGUUUGACCCCCGCAGCCCGAGCCAGGCGGUGUUUAAACCCCAGUGGUUGGGUGUGGGGUUUGGGGCGACGGGCGUCAGGGCUAGAGGGGUUCAGAGCCGAGGGAAAGGAACCUCCUCCCCGCUGUCCAGCCGCAAACCGCCCAUGGACGAGAACGAGAACAAGGUUGUUCUCGGUAAACAGAAGCAGAGAGGCAAGGCUCUGCUAUCUGAAGGCAGGUCUCCUCUGCAGAUCCUGAAGGAAGCUAAUUCACCCCGAGACCAUCAGUCACAGAUGAAGCUGAAAGUUUCCACUCCAGAGAAGCAGAGGUUUGGUCAGAUGGACAGAAGAGUGCUUGCACUCUCUCUUAACAAGGAGAACCAUUGAGGAACCAAAAACUGGAGUAAAGGACUGAUUUCUCUCUCGCCACCAAACACUAUGUGUAUAUAAAACCUUCAUCUCUAUCUCUCAGGAAGCCUCAAAUCAUCCCAAACUUUAUUUUUGUGUGUAAAUGCUUAUUUUUUUUGUGUUUUACAUUCUCUUUCCUGCCAUUUUAUGUCAGUGUCUUCCUCUUUUUCAAAUGUAAAUAAAGUCAGAUAUUUUA